GACGUGUGGUGGUGAUGCGUUUCCGGUGGCUGUUGGCCUGGUGACAGUGAAUCAUCACGGCUGAAGUUUGUCUGGAGCGGUCACUCUAAUAUGAUUGGUUUAAUUUGGCAUUACCUGUACAGCUCUCUCCUGAGGUCUUGGAUGAAGUGGAUUUUAAGAAAGUUUACUGGAAAAUGUGAACUACAACGUAUUUGUGCCAGUACUGUUCAAGGAGCAGAGCGAACUAUGAAAAUAGAAUCUUCUUUGGAAUCCUCCAGAAUUGAAGUUUUAAAGACAUCAGUGACUGUCAGUGAAAUGAAUGUGGCGAGCAGAGUUCAUGACAUAAUGGAGAUAAAAAAGGUUUCCAUUCAGAAAAAUCCAAAGUUCAAGUCAGAUUUACAAGCUUGCUUGCUUCAAAUCUCUGGGUUUAAAAAACUCUUUGCCGAAGUAGAAAACCUACGGAAGCAGCCAUUUGAUUCUUCAAACAAGAAACAUGAAGAUAUGCUAAUGAAGCUGUGGCGUUUGUUGAUGCCUCAUGUACACUUGGAGUCAAGAAUCACCAAACAAUGGGGUGACAUUGGGUUUCAAGGUGAUGAUCCUAAAACUGACUUCAGAGGCAUGGGAAUGCUGGGGUUACACAAUCUAGUGUUCUUUGGGGAUCACUACACAGAAACAGCUCGCCAGGUUCUUUCACAUUCAAAUCACCCCAAAAUAGGAUAUUCCUAUGCUAUAGUUGGAAUAAAUCUCACUGAAAUGGCUUACAGUAUGAUGAAGAGUGGCUUACUAAAGGCUCAUUUCUGCAACCUGGUUCCUGGAGUUCCACAGCUGCAUCAUUUCCAUCAGUUUUAUUGUUACCUAAUGUAUGAGUUUGAUCAAUUCUGGUUCAAGGAGGGACCAUCCAGCAUCAUGGAAUUCAACCAGUACAGAGAACAAUUUCAUGAAAAGAUAAAACAGCUAUUACAAGAUCCCAAAACAGUGCUUGAACUGAACUUCAAUAAAUAGACAGUAAACUGCAUGAAACCUAUGAUGUCGCACUUGGAAUUAAUUGGAAGAUGUGAGUUUAUGCAGUGGAUCCAUGAUUUUCAAUUGAGUCUUUACUUGUAAAUUGGAACCUAUUAAUAACAUUGUGACUGAAAUUCAGGAUGGAUUCAUUUUACAAUAUAAAUAUACCAUCAAAUUGUUUCAGGUUGCCUUGUGUUUGAUAGCAUAGAUAUGGAUCAUUUAUUUAGAGUGAUAUCCACAAAGCAGUAAUUGAAAUGGUACUUCAUUUUGGAGGAACCAUUUGAAAUGUAUAUAAAUAUGAUUUGAGAGAUAUUCAGUUUUCCCUUUGGAGCACAAAUGUAACAUAACUUGAAUUUAUUCCUUCAAAAACUUUUUUAGUUUGUCGUUGUUAUUGCUGCUGCUAAUUUUAUGGUUGGCGGAUGGGCCCAUGGGCUAGGCGGUCAUUCCAUUUUUGCUCAAACCUUGAUCCAGAGCAGGAUGAAACUUCCGCGGGGUAAUAAAAUAAAAAGAUAUCUGGGGACUGGUUUUUUAAUGAGGUAUGCUUUCAGGUGCUUGAUUGUGCUUCAUGGACAUAUUUUGUGGCAUUUUUGUUUUGUUUAUUCUGUAGAGAUCUGCAGUUCCCUGAGGCAGAUGUCUGCUUUCAGGGAGCUAAAUGGAAGUGCUCACCAGCACCCGCGGUGAAGUUGGCGCCCGCCUGCACCUGCAGUGCUGAGCCUUUCUCAGCUCAUGUUUCAUGCUGGCUGACCAUUAAUUGGCCAGCUAGCGUGAAAUCGUGGUCGGGGCCCUGUUUCCUGUCCGCCCCCGGGCUCAUCAAUCGUUUGCCCGACAAGCGAAAAACUCAGGCCAUGCAGUUUCAUGAACAUUAUGAAAUUUUAAAGCAGCGUUUGCAUUGCAUGGUCAUUCUGCCUUUUUUAAUUUACUGCAGUCAAAUAGCAAAUUGGGCUACAUAGGAGUCAUUACCAGACUGUAAUGUCACCAGUUGUUAGAGCAAAGUUUCAGUGGCUUAGCUGCAUCAGAAUGUCAUUUGAACUUUGAGAUUACUGUUGUGGAGCCUACUUUCAUAAGUCUAUAAUUCAUGAUGAUAUACAUCAUGGUGUUGGAGAGUGACAGGUGGCUCAGCAAAUUUCACCAGGACAUUCCAUGCAUUAACAUUGUUGAAAAGUUAAUGCCUGUGUGUGACGCAAAGCUAAAUUUUCCAGCACUGAUUUGUUUUAAUCUGACUACAGUAAAUACCAAAAAGUUCUGAAGUAGCAAUUGAUGUAUUUAAUAGUCUGACUUGUUUUCAAAAAAACCCUUGUAGCGUAUUAUGCAAAUAUAUAAUUGAUUUUAUCACUCUUAAUUUUUAGUGAUUACAUUACAAAACAAUCUUCCCACAAAAACAACCAUAGUCUAUGAAUCACUUGGAGCUUAUUAGUAAGUUCAAAUUGUUGACAAUCUUGCUGGUACAAUUAAGCUGAGACCCUUUUGAGGUAUGCACCCUUAAUUUUUGAGUGCUUUUGUUUAAAUUGUGUGAAGUGUAUAUUAACUGGCACAUUAACAUUUAAUGUCUCCCAUCAUUUUCCACAAUGAAAAAUUAAUUCUACCAAAAAAUGAAAAAUAUUUUUUAAAGAAAGAUUAUUGAAAAAUUCCAAAAUUAGUGUUAUGGUCAGUGCAGUAUUUGAAAAGGUGCAAGGAAAAAUGAGCCUCAUCUCACUCAGGAAAGCAGAGGAGGUCAUGUUUUCCCGUGCAUUGUUCCUGCUUUUUACGGAGGAUCCCUUAUUGUAUGAUCGGCAGUGGAAAGUUUUAUAUUUAUUGCUGGUGUUUAUUUUGGAUAAAACAUUCAUAGCUGAACGUUGAUAAGUUUAUUGGAUGGAAUUUUUUCAGAAAAAUAUGCUAUGAUAUUUGAAGUUUAUAUAGAUUUCUACUGGUUGGCUUUCCAUUUAAGAAUGGGGGCAAGAGGGGUGGGGGGAGAUGAUGCUUUAUUUUAUGAACUUUGCUGAAAUAAAUAGUAUAACUGCAACAA